AUGAAAUAUUUCUGUAAUUCGUUUAGGAAAUUUAGGGGUAAAAUACCAAUUGCAAAACGUGACCAGAAAAUACGCAAAAUACCGGAGAAUAAGUAUGCAGGAGCCAUUCCUGAAGAUACAGAAAUCCAGCUGAACGAAACCGAAAGUAUAUACGUGAACAUUGCCAACACUUUGUUCAAGUCAAAUCUGCAGAAAUACGUCUCUGAGAAGAAACAAGAAGUGGAGCCGUUUAAUGAUGAGUUCUUGAGACUGCCAAAGACCUUACCACUGCCUUAUACUGAAGCAACAAAACCUGAGAAUACAAAGAAGAAUCGCUAUAAAACGAUACUGCCUUACGACCAUUCACGUGUUAGGCUUCAACCUGACGAGAUGUCCUCCUCAGAUUACAUCAAUGCAAACUUCAUCAGUAACCAGCGUUAUAUCGCUUGUCAAGGUCCUACACAAAAUACGGUGACGGACUUCUGGAGGAUGGUCUGGCAAUUGAAAUGCAACACUAUAGUCAUGUUAACUGACAUUGUGGAGAAUGGAAAGGUAUAG